UCAUCGUCCCCGAGUGGAGCACUGGCUCACAGGGAGCCGGACUAUCAAAAACAGGCACGACCUGCGGCAUUGGCUGUAACAAGGAGCACCGGAGACCUCCUCUGCAUGCAUGGAAACUAGCAUCUAGGCAGCUUGAGAUUUGUUUUUCAGCUUUUUUAGGGUGGGGUGGGGGGGUCAGUGUUUUCUCUUUGAUGUUUAUAAGAAAUGAAGAAGAUUUAAAUACUGGUACAGGUACACAAAGAAAAUAAUCAUAUAUGUUUUACUCGUGUUCUUCCUCUCCGGUGGAGUUAUCGUUUUGAAUGUGUUUAAGCAGACUCUGAUAAUGCUUCCAAGUCCAGUUACUUCCACACCAUUCUCUGUCAAAGAUAUUCUGAAUCUGGAGCAGCAAACUCAACAGCACCAAGCCCUGCACCACCAGCACCCUCGCGCGCACUUGCACCAGGAUUUACAGCAACAGCAGCAGCAACACUUCCACACGCCUCCUUCUUGCAUGCUCGCCGCUGGGGAGAGCCCUGGCUUCUCGGACGGGGAGGAGAAAAUGGCUUAUCUUAACUCGCUCUCUGUCUCGCACAGUCACGGGGAUGUCAGCCUCUCUCCCGACCUCUAUGUCCACACAGCGCUUGAAAAUUCAAACGACACCAAACUAGAGGUGGAUCCACUAGAGGACCGAGAAACCAAAAGUUGUCCUGUUAAGAAAUCGAAAGAUUGUGAUGACAGCCGGCAGGACGAAUCGGAAAGACCCAAGCAGAGAACCAGGCGGAAACCCAGAGUUCUCUUCUCACAGGCCCAGGUGUUUGAGCUGGAGAGGCGGUUCAAGCAGCAGAGAUACCUGUCGGCGCCGGAGAGGGAACAUCUAGCCAACACGCUGAAACUCACUUCCACUCAGGUCAAGAUCUGGUUUCAGAACCGGCGGUACAAAUGCAAAAGGCAGCGGCAGGACAAGUCGCUGGAGAUGGUUGGCCACCACCACCCUCCGCCGCCCAGACGAGUUGCAGUGCCCGUGUUGGUUCGGGAUGGCAAGCCUUGUUUAGGGGGAUCUCAGAACUACAAUGCUCCCUAUGGGGCAAACCCUUACAGCUAUAACAGUUACCCGACUUACAGUACCUACAGCAACCCCGCGUACAAUUCCAAUUACAGCUGCACUUACUCCAGUAUACCCCCCAUUCCACCCAGCACAGCUACCAACGCUUUCAUGAACAUGAGCCUCAGCAAUGCCACUCAGCCCCAGACGCAUCAAGGGGCCACAGCCUCACCGUGCCAGGGGACUCUACAAGGGAUCCGAGCCUGGUAGCAAUACAGAAAUAAAUGAAUACAUAAGAUCAAAUACAUGGAUGAUUCCUAUUGGUUUUAUUUUUAUUUGUUGUUUUUAAAUACCGUGGAAGUAUAAAAGAGACAUCUAUCCUCCAUCAAUGGUUCUCAACAGUGGGACUUUUUAUAUUUAUUUUUUAUUUGGACAAAAUAUCAGUUGUAUAUUUAUGUUUCAAAUAACGUUAUUGUAUUACGGCUCCAAGGGAAGUAUUUAACCCUCUAAUGCACAUUAAUGUGUCACAUAUGCUAAAAUGCUUCGCCAGCCCUCUAUUAUAAUUUUUUUUAAAUCCAGACUCAAAAGCGAGCAUUUUCCAUAUCAUUGUAUUAUGUGUUGCCGGACAGGAAACCAAAUUGUGUUUUGUACAAGAAUCGGAAUCCAGCUGCACAAAUAAAGUAGCUUUUCUCAUUUAAAAAAUGAUUGGGAAUUACAGGGUUACGCUUCCCUUUGCAUUAUUUCUAAAAUGUACUGUACUUUAUGCAACAGAUAUUGUAUUAUUAUUUGGCCAUCAAUCUAAAAAUAACUAUUACACUUCGUUUUUUUUUUUUUUUUUUAUCCUUUAUCGACGACGUAAAUAAUAUGUACGCAUUGAAAGCAAAAGUCGGGUUUCCACGUAUAACAUGGACUUUGUGACCUCUGGAAUUAAAGGUCAUCGAGAAGGGACAGAGGUAAUGAUGUCAGGAUUGUUUCACACAAAACGCCGAUACAUGAAUUUGUAGCAUUCAAGAAAAAGAAAGAUAAGCACCUUUACGGAUUGACAAUUACUUCUUUGAACCGAAUGCGCCUUUAUUUUACAAGACUUGCCUCUAAAUGAUCUCACCAAGUGCUGUUUUAGACUGUUUCUGCGGAGGAAAAAUAACAGUCAAACGUGUGUGUCUGUGUGUUUCACUUUUUCUGUAUUUCAUUUUUCUACUAUUUCAACCCACGAGAAUGAAGACAUGUUGCCGGUUGUAAAAACGUGUCACAGACAUCCGCAAAGCAGCUUCCUCUUUGGAAUGGAGUGCAUCACUACAUAUUUCGGCGGUACCUGUCUGUGUUUGAAUGCCAUAAAAUCUGAUUCAACUCGAGAAAUAUUUCCAAUUGUAAAAUGCCUGUUAGGAUUGCUUAUAAUUGUAUACUGUAUAGCAUGUGCAAAAGUAAUGCCUGUCGCAUUAAGAUGGAUCUCCUAAUUUGUUGUUGUAAUGCGCUACAAGGAAUACAAUAAAUAGUGAGGUGCAAUAUUG